CAGAAGGGAGGCAUGUUUUGAGCAGAGGAGGUGGGGGAAGCGUUGCGGAUCAUAACAACAGAUCUACAAACACUCUGCACCCUCUCUGCUCGCCUCAUGUAGAUAUGAUUCUGUUUGGAGAUCAGCGGACGGUAGGGGAAAAAAGAUUUGUCUCCACGCUCGACCCUUUUCGGUUCGCUUGUCCUCUACAUGGACUGUGGGACACUACCCCGCGGGACACAUGGACCGUGUGGUCUAAGGCUCGGCCUUCCUGUGGGGGUUUUCGCAUGGCCGGAGCUUGCUGCAAGUGUCCGGCCUCCCUGUCCGUGUUUAGGCGCUCGCUCUCGGUGGCACCGCGGUGCUGCGGCUCCGCUCCUCGAACCUUYCUGCUGAAGCAGGGCUGGAGGCUCGGGGAGCGGGGCCCGCUGGAGGCCACCCGACCCCGCAACGCCCUCAGACCCGCGGGUUUCCACCGACAAACCGCCUUCCUUUGUCUCUCCUGCCAGGAGUCCAUGACGGAGAGCCUGCGGACCUGUUACGUCUAUCUGAACCAGACGAGCCGGAGCUUYGCAGCCGUCAUUCAGGCGCUGGACGGAGAGCUGAGACACGCCGUUUGCAUCUUCUACCUGGUGCUGCGCGCGCUGGACACGGUGGAGGACGACAUGACGAUCCCUCUGGACAAGAAGGUGCCCAUGCUGAACAACUUCCACACCUACCUGUACCAGCAGGAGUGGUGCUUCACCGAGAGCCAGGAGAAGGAUCGGCAGGUUCUUGAGGAUUUCCCCACGAUCUCACUGGAAUUCAGAAACCUCGCUCAGGAAUACAGAGACGUCAUCUCGGAUAUCUGCCACCGUAUGGGAGUCGGAAUGGCUGAAUUCCUGGAGAAGAAGGUGGGAUCCAUGAAAGACUGGGACCAGUACUGCCACUACGUYGCCGGUCUGGUCGGAAUCGGUCUGUCGAAGCUGUUCUCCGCCUCCCAGCUGGAGGACCCCGAAGUGGGACAAGACACGGAGCUGGCAAACUCCAUGGGUCUGUUCCUCCAGAAGACCAACAUCAUCCGAGAYUAUCUGGAAGACACACAGGAGGGUCGUAGCUUCUGGCCACAAGAGGCUUGGAGCCAGUUYGCCAGUCGUCUGGAGGAUUUGGCUCACCCAGAGAAGCUGGAGUCGGCUCUGUCUUGUCUCAACCUGCUGGUCACUGAUGCUCUCCACCACGUUCCUGACGUCAUCGCCUACCUGUCUCGGCUGCGCAACCAAAGCGUCUUCAACUUCUGUGCCAUUCCACAGGUGAUGGCGAUAGCGACACUGUCGACGUGCUACAACAACCCCAUGGUGUUCCAGGGUGUGGUGAAGAUCAGAAAGGGACAGGCGGUCACCCUCAUGAUGGAGGCCACCAACAUGAUAGCUGUGCAGACCAUUAUCACCCAGUACAGUCAGGAGAUUCUUCAGAAGGUCUCCCUCACAGAUCCGUCCAGGAGCAAAACUCUGCACAUCCUGGCUGUGAUCCAGGAGAAGUCCGCCCUGACGCAGUCCGGCUUCUCCACCAGGACCCACCACCUGUCUCCAAUGUACCUGUCUGCCGGCGUGCUGCUGGCCGCUCUCAGCUGGCAGUACCUCAGCACGACUGCAGCUCAGGCGCAGGGCACGGGGGACAUGAAGUGAUGGGGACCCCCACUCACCCACCCUCCCUCCCUUUUUGAUAAGCUCASAAACUGAAGAAACCCCAUUUCCUGUCUGACUAAAGCUUAUUUUUCUUCCCUCCCUCGUGGCUGUUUCAGACCUCGGACAGACUGAMCUGCGACAGGGUUCUUGUAACAACCUGGUCUCAUUCUUUUGUGUGACGUGGCAGAAAAUAAAUUGGGUUACUUUUAGGGUUUUGGAGGAACACAGAGCCACCAAACUUCAUGAAGCUUUUGUUUAAUUUUGUCUCAAAUAUUAAUAUAGUUCUUUCUYCCCCCUGACUCCGUGUUGAAUCACUGCUGGAAGAAACGCUUGGACUUCGAGGUAUUUGCUCUGCGUGUGGGCAAAGAUCGUGCACUCUGACUAUUUUGUCUGUUUUUCAAAAUGUGGAAUAACAACUCUGCUGUACCGCUUUAGAUUUAUCAAACGUCAAUUGUUUUUCAAUGGAAUCAAGACAUAUUUUCAUAUCAUGUGGAAUCUGUUAGCGAAGUGUCCUUAACGCRGCUUUGGUGAGUAGAAAGGCUAGCACAGAGUAACCUUGUACAGCACCAAAGGGAGAGCUUCAAACAUUGCUAUGUAAUGUGACAUUUUGAUUUGUACAUAUUUGAACAAAUAAAGGAGUGAAAGAAUGUAA